AUGCUGACUGUGAGCGCUGCCUUCUGUGUGACAGCCGCAUUGGUGGCUCUCCAGUUGGACGCUUCUUUCCCUGACGGCUUUGUUGACCGCUCAUCCCAAAACCUCUCCUCUGUGCCAGAGGACCUGCCACAGGCUGCUGAGUUUGUCGACCUUUCACAUAACCACAUACAGCAGCUUUGUCGUGGAGACUUUAAACACACUUACCUGUUGAGGUCCCUGAACAUGUCAUCAAAUAUUUUAGAAGAAAUCGAUCCACAGACCUUCCUGGACACACCCAACCUUGAAGAGCUGGACCUGUCAUACAACAAGCUGAAGAACCUGUCAAAUCAGCGGUAUCUGCUCCACACUGAGAAUCUGCGGGUACUAAACUUGACCUCUAACCAGUUUCUCUCAAUGGCACUUGGAAGUGAGUUCAGCUCUUUGGUAAAUCUGGAGAGUUUGGCACUUGGAGCAAAGAACAUCUGUAUGAACGAUUUCCAAAGCAUCACUGCAGUGAAACUACAUACUCUAAGUCUCCACCUUGAGGAUUAUCUGAAUUAUGAGGCAGGCAGCCUGAAGCUUGUCAAAGCCAAAAAGCUUCAGAUAGCUUUCACUAGUCAUCCCAGAAUGCACUAUGAUCUGUUAGAUGAUGCUCUGCUGGUCUUUGCUGAAUUGGAGUUGAUGAAUUUGCCUGAUGACUUGAGCGAUAUAGUCCAGCUGCUGGGAGAUAAAGCAGAAAUCCACACAUCUCAUCUUCAAGUCACAAACGUGACAGUCACCUGGGAAGACAUGACUGAGUAUGCAAAUGUGCUAAUGAAUACAUCUAUAACUCAUUUCAGUGUCUUUCAAGUGACCUUAACAACAUCACCAAAUGAAGACACUGAGACUGUCAAGACAACUCAAGUGAAGUCUCUUACAGCAAGCCAGGUGGGGACAACAUCUCCCUUUGGCUCACAGACCGCUAUGUGCAACUUCUUUAUCAACAUGCCAGUAGAAAGUAUAACUGUCACUAAAACCCCAAUGCUUCAUAUGACAUGUCCAAAGUCCCAGAGUCCUCUCCUCCACCUGGACUUCUCUUUUUGUGCUCUCACUGACUUCAUCUUCUCCCGAGUGGAGAGUCAAAAAAUCGUUGAGUGUGAGAAUCUGGGAAAUCUUAGGACACUGAAUUUGCACAGCAACAAUCUGAGAAGCCUUGGCUCGAUCAGCAAACGUCUGAGACUCAUGAUGUCGCUGAAAGAUCUGGAUCUCAGCCUCAACUCUCUUGUCUAUGAUGGUCUGAAAAAUUGUGAAUGGCCACCAAACAUCACCAAUCUGAUUCUUUCUUCGAAUGGUUUAACAGGCUCUGUCUUCAAUUGUCUACCAGCAGGAACGGAGACACUAGACCUCGAGAACAACAAGAUUUCUGUGCUACCACUGUCCAUCAUGAAACUGUCAAAUCUGCUGUCUCUAAAUCUGAAUCAGAACAGACUGCGGGACCUGCCAGGGUGCAACGGUUUCCCUUAUCUAAAUACGCUUUUUCUCAGAUUUAAUUCUCUCAGUGCUCCAUCUGUGAACAAACUGGAGAACUGUUCUGAACUAAAAACCCUGGAUGUUGGUUUCAACCCGUACACAUGCACCUGCGAUCUUAGGAGUUUCAUAAGUCUUGGCAUUAAGGCAGAAAAGAAGAAAAGUCAUUCAGGAAUUGAAUUGUUGGGUUGGCCAGCUGACUAUCACUGCACUUAUCCAGAGGUUGACAGGGACACCACCUUGAAUGUCAUCUCAAUCCCAGAAAUCUACUGUAAUACUGGCCUUCUAGCUGCCACCAUCCUGGGCCCAUCAGUGGCAUUGUUAAUCUUGAUAGUGUCGCUCUGCCAUUAUUGGGAUGUUCCCUGGUAUUUGAAAAUGAUUGGGCAGUGGACCAGAGCCAAACACCGCGCCAGAAGAGGAGAAGUUCGACCUGAAGAUAUGGUGGGUACUGAGUUUCACGCAUUUGUAUCUUACAGCCAACAUGAUGCAAACUGGGUGCACAAUUCUCUUCUCCCCAACCUUGAGGGACCUGCUGGGGGUCUUCGAAUCUGCCAUCACGAGAGACACUUUGUGCCUGGGAAGACAAUCAUAGAGAACAUCAUCACCUGUGUGGAGAAGUGCAGGCGCUCUGUGUUUGUUCUCUCUGCCCAUUUCGUAAAAAGUGAGUGGUGCCAUUAUGAGCUGUACUUUGCCAGUCACCAGCACCUCACUCGGGGCUCUGACAGCGUGGUCUUGGUGCUACUGGAGCCACUGCCUCAAUAUUUGAUCCCAUCAAAAUACAACCAGCUGAAGUCCAUGAUGAGCCGGCACACAUACUUGGAGUGGCCUCAUGAUAGAGCGAAACACAGGCUGUUCUGGGCUAACCUCAGGGCUGCUCUGCAAUGUGACCUGCCUGAAGCAGCUGCCACAGAGCUGCAGGAAUAA